UAAUUGAAGUCUUAUCAUUAUUUCAAGAUUUAUGAAUAGAAAUGAUUUAAUUGACAUUUACAAUAAAUAUUUUUCAUUCCAAACAUCGAUUACCAAGUAGAUUGAGUUGCUUUAUGACUUUUUGAGAAAUUUCUAUGGAAACGUCAUAAUUAUUUCUCUUACAUUAGAUAGACAUAUUUCUAUAUUUUAGAUGCUUUUUAAAAAGAAAUUGUCCUUAAUGGCCAAAUAACUGAUAGAUUGCUAAUUAUCAUAACUUCACCCGACUAGACACCUGCAUUCAAAUAUCUACCAGCGAUAUAACUGUUCGAUAUGUCAAUUUCAAGUGACUUGAUAGUACUGCUGCGAGUAGCUCUCUGGAUUAAAAUUUACUGUAAAUGGACUCGUCAACACAGGCGAAGUUUGUUAAACGUCUCAGACUGGACGACUCCUUGAGUACUACGCCAUAGUCUGAUGUUUGGAAACCCAACAUAUAUCAGUAAUUCUACGAUGGCCUAUAUGUCUUUUCUGGAUUCUUCAGAGUCUAACUGGUCAAUUGGCGGUAUUUUAUAUCUAUUCUGGUAGGAAAACUUUUUAGCUUGAAUAACGUAAACAAAAAAUCGGACAAGUUUGCAUGCUUGUGCCUACAAGUAAAGAUCGUCUGAAAAACAAGUAUUUCUAUCACUCGCUUACUGAGGGUCCUUUGCGGAUUCUGGAUUACUUUUCAACUACUCUGCUUGCCGACAAAACUGAAUUUCAAGCUGACGAAACUCAGAUUCCUGGAGCAAAACUUUAUUCACCCGGAGUACACGAGUAAGGAAGGGAAGUUACGUCGUUGCCUUCGGUUUGACAACAGAAAGGUUGAUCGACAGCGCAAAAGAGCUACAGGACAAGUGCGUUACUGCUUGAAUGAAUUUGAUUUAUAGCAUAUUUUUUAUUUCUGAUGUCGGAAGAAGACAUCACUUAUGAUAGAUAAUACUAGAGUGAAUGAACGCAAUUCAAUACCAAUCAAAUUUGAUAAAUCGUUCAAUCGAAUUGUUUGAGUCUGCAGAUAUUUUUGCUAUAGCCGUUGAACGAUGGCUGCGAUUCCCGAAGCGGUAAUUAGAUUCUUUGAGGCCGUAAAAUCUAACGACAUUGAAAAAGUGGUCGGAUUGUUGAAAAGUAAAGAAGUUGACGUGAACGCGGUAGACGUCACGUCAGAUAAUCAAACAGCCGUGCAUAUAGCUGCAUUUCGCGGAUAUGAAAAAAUGUUGCGGAUACUUGUCGACGAAUACAAUGCGGAUGUUAAUAUUGCUGAUAAAAUGGGGGAAAUACCGUUGCAAAUCGCGUGUGAUAAAUAUAAUAUAAAAAUUGCCAAGUAUCUGAUAGAGAAGAAUUCGAAUUUUCCGGAAUAUGCCGAAUCCUAUUUAAAUGACAAGUUAGUCGAUGAAUUGUUCGAAGCAGCCGAAGCGAAUGAUGUACAAAAAGUAACUGAACUUAUAAAAAAUAAGAGGGUAGAUGUCAAUUCUAUAGACAAAGGUAAUUACAAUAGGACGAUCUUGCAUAUCGCCGUUAUGAAGGGAUACGAGGAGCUGGCUCGUUUACUUGUUGACGAAUUCAAUGCCGAUACCGAUUAUGAGGAUGAAAUAGGCGAUACCGCGAAAAAUAUGGCCAUAGAUUACAAACAUGCGAAUCUAGCUGAAUUACUGGCGAGAAGCAAUAGCAAAGAGUUGAAAUUGGACGCGGAAGUUAGUCAGUCGGAUUCUAAUUCACAGUUGUGCAAAAAACCGAAGCAUAGUCAUCCGACCGCCGAACCUGAUAAACCAUUCAAAUCCUCAAUUACGUCCGAACAAUCUUACAGUACCGGUCAGUAAAUGUUAAAUACGGUAACGUUCAGGCAUCACCGAUACCAUUUUAAAAUGCGCUGUUCGAUACGUUACAUUUGGAAAUUAGCAAUCGAUGGUCUGAAAGAUAUUUUAAGAUAAACAUUAUAUUAUUAUAGGUGCGAAGUCCAAUUUUAUUUGGAAUCACCCUAACGAAAACUAUACUAUUGUCAAGCUAAACCUACUU